GUGAUGUUCGGGCGCUUAGUGAUGACGCAAGCAGCGCAGUCCGCUCUAAUGGCUCUCACAGUAAAAGCACAGGCCACUGGAGGGAGGAAAUCCCUGGAAGACGGGCUCAGAGGCUAGGAUAAAAUCUAUCUCCUCAUGUACCUGAGACAUUUUACGAGGCUAUUUACAGCUAUGGCUGGACCCAGGCCUGUGGUGUUCAGCGGCCCAUCAGGGGCAGGAAAAAGCACUUUGUUGAAGAAGCUCAUGAAAGAAUAUGAAAAUGUCUUUGGCUUCAGCGUGUCCCAUACAACUAGAAAACCUCGUCCUGGAGAAGAGAACGGCAAAGGUACAACCUUUACCUCCACUUUCAUGGUCACUACAGCAUCUCCUUUUUUUGGCUCUUUAAUGUAUGUUUUUUUUCUUCUUCCUGCGCAUCAUCUAGAUUAUCAUUACGUUACACGAGAGGCGAUGCAGUCAGGCAUCAACAACGGCGAGUUCAUCGAACACGCAGAGUUUUCAGGGAACAUGUACGGGACGAGCAAAGCCGCCGUGCAAGCCGUCCAGGCCAAGAACCUCAUCUGUAUACUUGACAUCGACAUGCAGGGUGUGAAGAGCAUCAAAAACACCGACCUCAACCCAAUUUACAUCUCCAUUCAGCCGCCGUCUGUGGAAAUCCUGGAAAAACGUCUAAGAGACAGAAAAACAGAGUCGGAGGAGAGCCUCCAGAGGCGUUUAAAUGCAGCCAAGGUGGAUAUGGAGUUUAGUAGAGAACCAGGUGUGUUUGAUGUCAUUGUUGUAAAUGAUCAUUUGGAGGAUGCUUACGGGGCGUUGAAACAAGCUCUUCUUGAGGAAAUAACCAAGGUGAAGAAAGUCAGCUCAUCUUCGUAGGAGACGGCAGCAUCCCACCUUUUUAUUCGUCUUAUUCAGCCACUCCUCAGAGUCGCAGACCUCUGCUCAAGCCAUACAUUCCCUUCAGAUGGAGAUCUGCGAGACUCAACCAGCUCACUUUAGUAAACCUAUAAACAUAUUUUACAUCGCGUUUAGAAGUAGUUAUUAUAGGGGGAACUUUUUUUAACUGCAAGGGCAUGUUUUUAGUAUAUGUAUUUUAUUUUGACAUGUUCAAUAAGAAUAUACUCCAAUGAUUUUUACUUGAAGUGCGGCUUGCAUGGCAGGCAGGUUGUUCUCUGUUGGACGGAGGUCACCGGUCUUAGACGUACUGCUUGCAGCCUUGUCGAUUCACCGAGUGGCACAAAAAGGCGUAACAAGACUCAUUCCAUCAUGUGGACAAACUGGUCUUUCAAAGGUAGAAAACAAAGCACAUCUAUGUUGGUUAGUAGCACCAAACUGUGCAUCUCUUUUUAUUUUUUGUGCAUUUUUUCCUGUGUUGAUGGUUAAAUAGAUUAUACCGGAACAGCGAGAUGUGCUGGUUACAGUGAGAGUUUAAAACCGAAACUUCGUUUCUGGAAAAUGUGAGGAUUGUUUACUUUCAGGGGGUACAUGCAAACCUAUUGGACUUUCCAAACAGUGAAAUUAUUCCAGUGCUGGGGAAUUGUUUUCUUUUAAAUAUGUUCAUGUACUAACUAAAUUUAUAGUUUAGUUUAUUUUUGUAUUUUUGUGCUCAAGAUUGAAUCAUAUUAUAAAGAUUUAAGGUUUGCUGAGAAACACAAUACAUCAGUGUUGAUUAGAAUAUGGCUUUUGUAUUUUUAGACGGAGAUAUUGGACUUUUUAUUUUACAGUUGUAAAUUUGUACAACUUUUCUAUUAUGUAACAUGUUCACCUUGUAGCUUCACCAUGCACUUAAAAGAAUCACUGAUUAAUUAACAUUAUCCAUUUUCUUUCACCUGCUGCUUCUUACUGGGUUGUGGGGGAGCUGGUUCCCAUAUCCAGCAGUCACUGCAAGAAGUGGAGGACAUCCUGGACAGGUCACAAGUCCAUCACAGGGACAAAUGAUACAACCAUUCAUACUCUCACUGACACCUAGGGACAAUUUAGAGUUACAAAUUAACUUAUUGUGCAUAUUUUUGGUUUAUGGGAGAAAACUGGAGUACUGGAGAAAACACACGCGUGUGCACAAAGAGAGCAUUCAAAUUCCACCCAGAAAGGCCAGGAAUCAAACCUGCGACCAUCUCGCUGUGAGGUGACGGCUCUAACAACUGGGCCACGGAGCAGAAAUGUACUUCUUGAUCAAUUACACUGAAACAACUGAACAUAGAAGUUCUAAAAUAAUUAAAAAUAACUUUUAACACUUUUAUAUUUUGUGGUUAUGAUGAUUUUACGAUGCGACAUUUUGAAUGUCAAGUUGGAAGACAAAAGUCGAUCAGUGCA